UGGACCAUUUCCUUUAAAUAUUGUUUUCUUGGAAGGUCUGCAUCUCCUUUUUUUUUUUCUCGCUUUUUCUCAUCAAGAAACCAGUUUCAAAAGUCGCUUUUUUGCCUAGAAUCUUCAGAGGUAGGUGUUUUGGAUUUAGAUCCAUGGUUUAGGGUCUAUGUUCUUCUUUUCGAUAUUCUAGUUAUGCUCAGAUGAAUUGAGUUUCUUUUUUCUUGGAUAAUCUUUAUGGUAUGAUAACAUCUUGUUUGAUGUCUUGUAAGGAAGACUAAAGCGAUUCUGUGUGUGAAUGAACCGUCAAGGAGAUGAUGAAGCUUACUGUUGUUGCCAAAUGUUUUUUUCUUCUUCUUUCCCUUUUGAUAUCUGAGACGAGAGGGUUGAAUUUAGAAGGUCAAUAUCUUCUUGACAUCAAGAGCAAGUUUGUGGAUGAUUUGCAGAAUUUGAAAAACUGGAAUUCAACUGAUUCUGUACCUUGUGGAUGGACCGGUGUGAGUUGCGGCAAUUAUUCCAAUCCAGAAGUUUUGUCACUGAAUCUCUCCUCGAUGGCUCUCUCGGGUAACCUAUCACCAAGUAUAGGUGGAUUGUUUCAUCUCACGGAUCUAGAUCUGUCAUAUAAUGGGUUAUCAGGUAAUAUUCCUAAGGAAAUUGGGAAUUGUUCAAGCUUGGAGGUUCUUAGGUUAAACAAUAACCAGUUUGAAGGUGAGAUACCUGUGGAAAUAGGAAAGCUUUUGUCUUUGGAGAAGCUGAUCAUAUUCAACAACAGAAUCACAGGGUCUCUUCCUAUGGAGAUUGGGAACCUCUUGUCUCUCUCUCAACUAGUGACUUACAGCAACAACAUCAGUGGAUCAUUGCCACAUUCCAUCGGCAAGCUGAAAAAACUGGCAAGCUUUCGAGCUGGUCAGAACAUGAUUUCUGGAAGUUUGCCUUCUGAGAUUGGUGAAUGUAAGAGCUUGGCCAUGCUUGGUCUUGCACAGAACCAGUUGAGCGGUGAAAUACCAAAAGAGAUUGGUAAGCUCAAGCAACUUUCACAACUGAUUCUUUGGGAAAAUCAGUUGUCCGGGUUUAUUCCAAGGGAGAUUACAAAUUGCACAAGUUUAAAAACUCUUGCUCUCUACAAGAACCAGCUUGUUGGGCCGAUUCCGAAAGAAAUUGGGAACCUUGCGUCGCUUGAGUAUCUCUACCUUUACAGAAAUGGGUUGAAUGGAACAAUCCCAAGAGAGAUUGGGAAUCUCUCAAGUGCAAUUGAGAUAGAUUUCUCAGAGAACGGUUUGACCGGAGAGAUACCAUUGGAGUUUGAGAACAUAAAAGGGCUGGAGCUUCUUUAUCUUUUCGAGAACCACCUCACUGGUACCAUCCCAGUGGAGCUUACUACUUUGAAGAAUCUAACAAAGCUUGAUCUCUCCAUCAAUGCUUUAACUGGUACUAUUCCUUUGGGGUUUCAGUAUUUAAGAGGGCUAUUCAUGCUGCAGCUGUUUCAGAAUUCUCUUGGUGGGAUCAUUCCUCCAAAACUUGGCGUGUAUAGCUAUCUCUGGGUGCUUGAUCUGUCAGAUAACCAUCUCAGAGGAAGAAUCCCAAGCUACCUCUGCUUUCAUUCCAAUAUGGUCAUCUUGAACUUAGGUGCAAACAACCUCUCUGGCAACAUUCCUACUAGCAUCACCACUUGCAAAACUCUGGUUCAACUUCGUUUAGCAGGAAACAAUCUCGUUGGUAGAUUUCCAUCGAACUUGUGUAAACUGGUUAAUCUCACUGCCAUUGAGUUGGGACAAAACAGAUUCCGUGGUUCCAUUCCUCGGGAAGUUGGGAACUGCAGCGCCUUGCAAAGGCUACAGCUAGCAGACAAUGGCUUUACGGGCGUGCUUCCUAAAGAGAUUUGCACACUUUUAGAGCUUGGGACCUUGAAUGUCUCAUCUAAUAAGCUUACUGGAGAGAUCCCUUCUGAAAUCUUCAAUUGCAAGAUGCUCCAACGACUUGACAUGUGCUGCAAUAAUUUUUCUGGAACUUUACCAAGAGAUGUAGGUUCUCUUUACCAGCUUGAGCUUCUGAAGCUCUCGAAUAAUAAACUUUCGGGUAUGAUACCGUUGGCUCUAGGGAAUCUAUCUCGUUUAACCGAGCUACAAAUGGGCGGAAACUUGUUCUAUGGUAGCAUUCCAAGAGAGUUGGGAAGCUUGACUGGUUUGCAGAUAGCAUUGAACCUCAGUUACAACAAGUUUACCGGAGAAAUACCUUCUCAGCUAAGUAAUCUUGUUAUGCUUGAGUUACUUCUCCUCAACAACAACAAUUUGUCUGGUGAAAUACCAAACUCUUUUGCUAAUCUCUCCAGCUUGUUUGGUUACAAUUUCUCAUACAACAACUUGACUGGUCCUAUUCCACUUCUCCGUAACAUGUCCACUUCUAGCUUCAUUGGUAAUGAAGGACUUUGCGGCCCGCCGCUCAACCAGUGUAUCCAAACACAGCCUUCCUCACCUUCUCAGUCGACCGCAAAGCCGACAGGAAUCCGUUCCAGCAAAAUCAUAGCCAUCACCGCAGCUGCAAUUGGCGGGGUCUCUCUUAUACUCAUUGUUCUUAUCGUCUACCUCAUCAGACGCCCGGUGAGGACUGUCACUUCUUCAAUCCAAGAUGGUAAACCGUCAGAAACGUCUCUCGACAUUUACUUCCCACCAAAGGAAGGAUUCACUUUCCAGGAUUUAGUUACAGCCACCGAUAAUUUCGAUGAGAGUUUUGUAGUUGGGAGAGGAGCUUGUGGAACCGUGUACAAGGCGGUUUUGCCCGCCGGGUACACUUUAGCUGUCAAAAAGCUAGCAUCAAACAACGAAGGUGGAAACAACAACAAUGUGGAUAACAGUUUUAGAGCAGAGAUACUAACUCUUGGGAAUAUCAGGCACCGAAACAUCGUCAAGUUACAUGGAUUCUGCAAUCACCAAGGAUCAAAUAUGCUUCUGUACGAGUACAUGCCCAGAGGAAGCCUUGGAGAAAUACUACAUGAUCCUUCGUGCAACUUGGUUUGGUCUAUAAGAUUUAAAAUUGCUCUUGGUGCAGCUGAGGGUCUUGCGUAUUUACACCAUGAUUGCAAGCCGAGGAUCUUUCACCGUGACAUUAAAUCAAAUAAUAUCCUGCUUGAUGACAAGUUUGAAGCUCAUGUGGGUGAUUUCGGAUUAGCAAAAGUUAUUGAUAUGCCACAUUCAAAAUCCAUGUCAGCCAUUGCUGGCUCCUAUGGCUACAUUGCCCCAGAAUAUGCAUAUACCAUGAAAGUUACAGAGAAGUCUGACAUCUAUAGCUACGGGGUGGUUCUGUUGGAGCUAGUAACUGGUAAAGCACCGGUUCAGCCGAUAGAUCAAGGUGGGGAUGUGGUGAGUUGGGUGAGGAGUUACAUAAGAAGAGAUGCAUUGUCAUCUGGAGUUCUCGAUGCUCGGUUAAAGCUAGAAGACGAGCGAAUCGUCUCCCAUAUGCUCACUGUGUUGAAAAUUGCAUUGCUUUGCACGAGUGUGUCUCCCGUCGCAAGGCCAUCGAUGCGACAAGUUGUUCUCAUGCUUAUUGAGUCAGAUAGAAAGGAAGGAGAAGAAAACUUGGAUGCAGAACUGAGACACACUACUAUCUCAUGACUCCAUACAUUGGUAUUGUAACUUAUCUCAGAUAUGACUUUUCUAUGUAAUCAUGCCGGAUAACUAUUGUAAAUUCUAUGUAGCUGUAUCAAAAGAUAUAUCUCUUACGAGGAUUCUAGCCUUCUAGAAUUUAAUAAAAUAUCAGUGAAUGUAAUAUGGAUUAUCU